AGGACUUGUCAAAUCAAAAACUACAUUGAAUGUUCUGAAGAAAAAAUAAGUAGUACAAGCACACAAGUUGAAAAGCACUUGUAUUAAAAUCAAAUCCUUGUUAGAAGUUCGUCGCUGGCCUCGCCCUCUUCCUCUAUUUUGUAAUGUCUUGUUGUAUCACACGAACGGCAUAUUCCUUCUUUAUGUAUAAUUCACAUUUACCUCCUUUUCCUCCUCUCUUCUUCGAAUUACAAAAUAUUGAUGCAGUGAAUCUUUAGUAUCUUAUCUCGUUGUUUCAUUAGAAUUCUUUUUAGUUUCAUCUUUGACUUCUGGUUUUAAGAAGGGGUCAGUCGUUCUUUUUAUUUGUAUAUAAUUGUAUAUGCUUUGACAAUAGUUGAAACCACAACAACCCAUUUGAUCUUUUGGGUGAAAGCUGUCUUUUUUAAUGUAAAGACUUGAUUUUUGCUGUAAUUUUAAUCAGCUGUGCUGUAUCCAUAUCUCGAAAUUAUUCCCUUUGAUAUUCAAGUUGAUUUUUUUGUCUCUGAAUCGUCUUCAAUGGUGGUGAAAAUGAUGAGAUGGCCACCAUGGCCGUCUCUUGUGCCGAGGAAGUAUGAAGUAGUUCUUCUUGUUUGUAAGCUUGAGGGUCUGAAUUUGAUACAAUUUGAUGAAGAGGAGAAGAAGAGACUGGUGGUUGAAAUAAAGUGGAAGAAGAUUAGCGCUUUUGGUCUACUGAGAAAGAGCAUUCUGAGGAAUUUUACAGAGGAAGGCGGGGUUGGUGGUGAUGGAGCUGUUGAAUGGAAUGAAGAAUUUAAGAGUUUGAUCAACUUUUCUGGUUCCACUGAUGGGGUUUUUCUUCCAUGGGAGGUUGAAUUUGCAGUUUUCAAUGGACCAAGAAAUAAGGUUUCUGUUGUCGGAACUGGAUCAUUGAACCUCUCAGAAUUUGUUGAUUUAGCAACAGAGAAAGAUGUUGAGAUUAAGGUUCCUUUGAAAAUUGUUAAGGGUGACACCAUUCAGGGUGCUCUGUCUCUUUGUUUAUCUCUUAGGUUAAUGGAGUCUAGUGUUGGUCAAGGGUCCGCACGCGUGGGGCAGAGAACAAUAGUGCCUCUAACAUCAUCGCCUUCUUCUGUGGAAACUUUUUCAAGACGGAAAGAUGAACUUUCUGCUGUGCAAGCAGGCUUGCGAAAAGUGAAAUUAUUUAGAGACUGUGUGUCAAGGCAACAAUCAAAAGAAGAAUGCGCUGAAGAAGAGUGCAGUGAUGGUAGGUGUUCUGUGUUAAGUGAGGAUGUUGGUGAUCCAGAUUCAGCUGAGGGCGAUGCUGAGGAGGAAUCAGAUGAGAGCAAGCAGAAUUUUAGAGGUCAGCAGUCCGUCAAUUAUGAAACAUUGGCCUGUGCUAACUGGGCAGGAGUAUCACAUUAUGCAAAUACAAUUAGCAAUCCUGAAGAUGAGUGUUGGAUCUACUACAGUAAUAGUAGAUUGGAUGUGGAGGGUUUGAAUGCUGAGAAUUCAACCAACUCCGUCUUCGAGAUGUCUUUGCGGCCAAGGAUGAAGCGUAGAAUGUUACCUUGGAGGAAGAGAAAACUGGGUUUUCUAUCUCCAAAAACCAAAGAGGAGCCUCUUCUAAAGAAGGAUUGCAGGGAAGACGGUGGUGACGAUAUUGAUUUUGAUCGCCGGCAGCUCAGCUUCUCUGAUGAGUUCAGUUUUGUGCGGUAUAGACCAGCAGGUUCCACAAGCUCAUCAAUCUCUGGAUUCGGGGAUGACAAUUUUGCUGUUGGCAGCUGGGAAAAUAAAGAAAUAAUAAGCCGUGAUGGACACAUGAAGCUACAUGCUCAAGUUUUCUUUGCUUCCAUUGAUCAAAGGAGUGAACGUGCUGCAGGCGAGAGUGCAUGUACUGCCCUUGUUGCUGUCAUAGCUAAUUGGCUGCUGUCCAACCGAGAUGAAAUGCCAAUUAAGUCUGAAUUCGAUAAUCUAAUCAGGGAAGGCUCUCUAGAGUGGAGAAACCUCUGUGAGAAUGAGGACUAUAUACGCCAGUUUCCUGACAGGCACUUUGAUCUAGAGACAGUUCUUCAAGCUAAAACUCGUCCUCUUUCUGUUGUACCGGAGAAGUCUUUUAUCGGUUUUUUCCAUCCUGAAGGCCUGGAAGGAAAGGAUUUUGACUUCCUUCAGGGUGUGAUGUCAUUUGACAGCAUAUGGGAGGAGAUCAUUCACUGUGGAUUCAACUCUCAUGGCAGUGCUGACCCUUUGAUCUACAUUGUCAGUUGGAACGACCAUUUUUUCGUGCUGAAGGUUGACCCUGAUGCUUACUAUAUCAUUGACACUUUGGGGGAGAGGCUUUAUGAGGGAUGUAACCAGGCCUAUGUCCUGAAAUUCAACAGAGACACAAAAAUCCAGCGACUGACAAAAGAGAUGAAGCCUUCAGGUGAAAAUUCUGCUAAUGAUAAAGCACAAGGAAGUUCAUCAAAAGGGACAAAGCCUUUCGAUGAAGAAUCUACUAGUGAUAAAGCACAGGGAAGUUCAUCGAAGGAAACUUCAGUGCAAGAGACUUCGAUAGUUUCCCAGAACAAGUCUCAACCCACCGAGGAAGAAGAGAUUGUGUGUCAAGGGAAGGAGUCAUGCAAAGAGUAUAUCAAGAACUUCUUGGCUGCAGUCCCUUUACGUGAGUUGCAGGCUGAUAUAAAAAAGGGCUUGAUGGCAUCGACACCUCUUCAUCACCGGCUACAAAUUGAAUUCCACUAUACUAACUUACUGCAGGCUGUGGUUGAGUUCUCGGCUAAUAAGGAAGCGAUAGUUGAUGCACUGGUGAUGGAAAUGGCAUUGGCAGUUGUAUAGAGAGUGCCAAACUAUGGAGUUAGUUAAUUUUCCAUAAUUAUAAUUAUGUACUCCUUUUGUUUAAAUAUUUUGGUGUAUGUUCUGGUGAAUUGAUCAAAUUUGAGGCGACCAUUGGAGUGGUUCAUUCAGGGCUGCUGACA